GGAGCAGCCUGAUGUGGAAGGGAGAGGUUGGAGGGGGUUUAGAAGAGAAGAGAGUGAGAGCAGCAUUUUGUAAACCAGCUGAUCAGACCUGUGGUAUUCUGCCACAGAGGCAGAGAGGAGGAGGAGAGGGACUGUGACUGGGGGAAAUAAGAGAAGAGAACGCCGAUGAAGUCUUUUUGAGAAAAUACAAAAAGAAGAGUGGAAAAAUAAUUAUCUCCUUCCUUUCAUGGGAAACUCAUUAGAAGAAGGGAGCUCUGUGGGAAGAUGUGAGAGCAACUGGCAGCAGGGUGGAAAUCUGAGGAGGAAACACACAGAAAAGGACAACCAGUACCGUUCUGGAUUUAAAGAAAACCCAUCAGUGAGUCGACAGAGGGUUGAGGAUCCCACCGAGAGGACAGAGGAGUGAUGUCUUGGCUGUCACCUGUGUCAUGGGCCAAAUGGACGUGGACGGCGGUGCGAGGGGGAGAAGAGGAGGAUGAAGAGGGGAGGGAGGCCAGCGAGGAGAGCGGGCAACGUGGAGAGAGAGAGGAGGAAAGAGAGGAGGAGGAAAGAGAGGAGGAUGAAAGAUCUCAAGGCUUCAGCUCUGACUCAGAGGGGAAUUUUGGCACCCCUGAAGCUGCAACCCCUGUCCACGUGCCUGCGACCAACCUGGGAGAGCUGGAGAACAACAACACCGAUGCAGAGAAAACAGACUUGGAUCAGGACGAGCACCUGAUAGUGACAGCUCCUGUCGACGAUCACAACAGUUUUCUUAGACACAACAUGGGUCAGGAUGAGCCUGUGGUCCCCAUGGGGGACCCACUGGAAAUAAACAUGCAGACACUAGAAGCAGAAAAAACAGAUGCUCUGGGCUCCAUGCUUGUUCCUGAUUCCUCCUCAGUGAAGGAAACUCCUCAGCAGGCCGAAUGCACAGUGCCUACCUCUGAGGCAUCCCGGGACACAGAACCCAUCCUACAUGCAGACCCUGUCCUUGAUCUGGCUCCAGCUCAAACUCCUGCCCUAAUCACAGCCCCAGCUCCUGCCCCAAUCUCAGACCCAGCCCUAAUCUCAGCCCCAGCCCUAAUCUCAGCCCCAGCCCCAGCGCCUGCCCCAAUCUCAGCCCCAAUCUCAGCCCCUGCCCUGAUCUCAGCCCCUGCCCUGAUCUCAGCCACUGCCCCGAUCUCAGCCCCAGCCCCAAUCUCAGCCACAGCCCCAAUCUCAGUCCCAGCCCUAAUCUCAGUCCCAGCCCCAAUCUCAGCACCAGGCCCAGCUCCUGCCCCAAUCUCAGCCACAGCCCCAAUCUCAGCCCCAGCCCUAAUCUCAGUCCCAGCCCCAAUCUCAGCCCCAGGCCCAGCCCCAGCCCCAAUCUCAGCCACAGCCCUAAUCUCAGUCCCAGCCCCAAUCUCAGCCUCAGCUCCAGCUCCUGCCCCAAUCUCAGCCACUGCCCCGAUCUCAGCCACUGCCCCGAUCUCAGCCCCAGCCCCAAUCUCAGCCACAGCCCCAAUCUCAGUCCCAGCCCUAAUCUCAGUCCCAGCCCCAAUCUCAGCCCUAAUCUCAGAUCCAGCUCCAGCCCCAAUCGUAGCCCCAGCUCCUGCCCCAAUCACAGCCCCAAUCACAGCCCCAGCUCCUGCCCCAAUCUCAGCCCCAGCCCCAGCUCCUGCCCUAAUCUCAGCCCAAGCCACAGCUCCUGCCCCAAUCUCAGCCCAAGCCACAGCUCCUGCCCCAAUUUUAGCCCCAGCACCUGCCCCAAUCUCAGCCCCAGCUCGAGUCCUUGCUUUUGCCCCAGCACCAGACCCAGACUCAGUGCAGAGCAGUGAACCUGCACCCAGCCAAACUCUGAAGCCCCCUGAGGAAAAACCUUUUACUGUUUCAGAACCAGAGUGCAAUGGCCUCCCCAAACAGACGGAGCCCAUUCGAAAGACUAAAACCAGCAAAUCUAAGCCUCCGGCUCUGAAAAUGACGGCUUCGCUGGACGAGCUUGGACAAUCAAAUGAGGAACUAGAACUUCCUGGUCCCAAUGCCACAUACAACUUUGACCCUGACCAGCUGGAUGUGAGCUUUAACCCCUUUACCAGCGGUGGACCAAAAAUCCAAAACUCUCCUCCCCCAUGCAGUUCAGACUCUCUACCGAGACUUGAGCCACCUGGUAGCUCAUUUCCUGUUUGCGAGGCCAGCUCAGCAGCAGAAGCACAGACGAUGGAGCCCUCAUCUGAGACAAAACCUGUGAUUCUGGAGUUCGGUCUGGAUGAGGGGCCAGUCAGUAAACCACCUCCGAGGAAAUUAGGUGGAAAAAAGACAAUCAGUAAACUCACAGCUAAGAAGCAGAGGCCAAAAAGACAAGAGGCUUCCAGCAAACCUGCACCAGAACCCAUAGAGUCAGAACCAGUCCCUCAACCAGAACCAGAACUAGAACCAAUUUCCCAGGCAAUAUCAGAACCAGUUUCAGAUCCUUUCCCAGAAACUUCUUUGCCAGUUUCAGACUCCUCCGCUCCAUUGAACCUUGACGACGUUCCUAUUCCUAAAACAGGAACAUAUAACUUUGAUCCCAACCAGUGGGAUGACCCGAACUUCAAUCCGUUUGGCACUAACAGCAACACGAGCAGUUCUCCUGUGCUCCCUAAGGGGUCUUACAGCUUCGACCCAGACACAUUUGAUGACUCUGUGGACCCUUUUAAUUCCUCCAAAAGCCUGAGCACAGAGGAAUCGUCCAGUAGCACCGCUCAGCCCGAGAAGAAAGUGAAAGACGAAGUAAAACAGAAAGCUGGGCCCUUGCCUGGUGAGAAGAAAGUGAGGCAGAUUCCCAAGAAAAGCAAAGAGAGGAAUUCCUGUAAAGUACAGAAAUAUGAUGAAAGCCAGUCCCUGGUGCUUGAUGUGUGUAAUCAGGGGGAAGACGAGGUGGUGGUUCAGACCCCAGAGAUCACUCAGCGGGUUCAUCAUGCCACCGAUGAGGAGAAGUUGGCCUCCACUGGCAUCAUGGGCCAGACAAUGGAGAGCCAGGAGGAGAAGGGAGAACCUGAAUUCAAUAAAGCACCAGUUGAUGUUAUGGAUGGCCCUGAGACAACGAUUUCAGAUCAGCAGGAGGAGAAGGACCCCUGCAGCCUGAAGGAAGAUAUAAGUGAGAUAUGCAUGAACCAAACUAUAAAGAUUAGCAGCAACGAUGCCACAGGCCCAGGAGCCUUGAGCCAGGACAACUUACCACUGAGUGAGAUGGACAAGGCUGCAGUUCUCACCCUGAUCAGAGAAGAGAUCAUCACUAAAGAGAUUGAGGUGAACGAGUGGAAGAGAAAGUGCGAGGAGAGCAGGGCUGAGGUUUUUGAGAUGAGGAAAAUAGUUGCAGAAUAUGAGAAGACAGUUGCACAGAUGAUUGAGGACGAGCAGCAGCAGAAGACGCUGUCCUGCAGUAAGUCAGUGAGGCAGCUGACCUUAGAGAGAGAUCAGGCUCUUGCUGACCUCAACUCAGUGGAGCGCUCCUUCGCUGACCUCUUCAGGAGGUAUGAGUCCUUGAAGGGAGUCCUGGAGGGCUUCAAGAAGAAUGAGGAGGUGCUGAAGAAGUGUGCACAGGACUACCUGAUGAGGAUCAAGCAGGAGGAGCAACGAUACCAAACCCUCAAGGUUCAUGCUGAGGAGAAACUGGACAAGGCGAAUGAAGAGAUAGCCCAGGUGCGAGGCAAGGCCAGCUCUGAGGGCGUGGCUCUGAACGCCAGCCUGAGGAUGGAGCAGAUGAAGGUGGAUUCACUUGAAAGAGCUGUGCUUCAAAAGAAUCAAGAGAUCGAGGAGCUCACCAAGAUCUGCGAUGAACUGAUCGCCAAAAUGGGAACAGACUGAUCGGCCUACGAGUGAUGUAAAUUCUGUACAGGACAUCGCAGCGUUCUCUUUGUCAGCUCAUAUGUUUAAAUAAUUGGUGAUUAUUGAAAUACAGGUUGAGAUAUGGUUGCACUUUCUCGUAAUAUUUUCAGAAUGAAAUAUAAAAGCAGAUAUAUGUUACUGUGUAAUUUAAGAAGCACAAGGUUAUCAUGAGGGGUAUUUUAAUAAUAUUGAAGGAGAAGUAAAGUGAUUAUAUUUCUGCUAUGAUUUGUUGAUCUUUUAUUUAGGAUUUAAUUAAUUAUUUUGAGGUUAAAUGAUUAGUCGUGAUGAUUUUCAUCUUCUCCUUUAUUUUCCAACAUCAUUUUAUCAAACUUCUCUCACACAAAGCUGUAGAAAAUAAUGUGGAACUAAGAGAAAGAAAAUGUGCACAGACACUUUUGACCACAGAAGGUCUACAGUGUUAAAUCUGAUACAGGAAGAAAAAAAUGAGUGUAUUAAGUUUAAAAUUUGAUGGUAUUUCAUUUGUGAUACAGAUAGUUUUGCUCUGCUGUUUAUUUUCUAUCAUCAGUAAAUGAGCUGGAAGUAAUAUGACAGAUAUUUUUAUAAAUUGCCUUUUACAUUUUAUCAUUAUUGUUUCACAGAUUUUGAAGUGAAACCACAAUGAUUUCACAUCUUAUACAUUUGACCCCUUUACAUCUCGGGGAUUGGGAUCGGGAAAUUUCAGGAGCACUUAUGAAGCUCAAACCUUUCACUCAGCUAUAUAAUAUCUUCAUUUGAUGGGAGUUUGAUGAUGGGUGAAGAUGAAAGUUUCAAGUAGUAAAACUUUGCUUAUUAUUCUUAAUAAUGAACCAUGUGCCAAGAUUAAUUUUCUCUCGCUCUGCAUUCGAGUGUGGAAAAGCACAGUCUGACGCUGCCAUGUAGAUAUAUUUGGAUCGUAUUGAUAUUUUAUGUGUGAGCUCACAUGUUGCUAGUGUGCCUUUAUUUUGUUUAUUAUGUAAAAGAAAGUUUGUCCCACCUCAUUGUUUCCAAAGUCUGUUGCCAAAAUGUAUAUUUCUAGGACUAAAGUACAACAGUGAGUCAGCAUGGGUUUACAGUUAUAAUGUUUUACCUGCAGUUAAAAAACAAUGAUUCAUGUGUGCACAAGAUGGACGACAUUACUUUUAUGGUAAAGGUCUGUGAUUUGGGGGCAGUUUAUGAUCAUAUCUCCACUGAACAUCCUCUGGUCAGAUAUCACUCAGACAUGUAUCAUAUAUAAAAGACAGGUUUUUGUAUAGAAACCUUAUUUCAUGUGAGCACAAUCAGUUGUAAAAUGUCUGUGUAAACCGAGUUGGGUUUCAGUGUGACCUUGUCCAGUUGUGUUGGUGUUACAGUGAAGGUGGUUUUCAAUGCAAACCCAUUGUUACAUUAUAAUAUGCGUGAAUUUUAUACUUUAUGAAAAGAAUAUUCUGAAUUCCAUUGCUAAUAUUUGUAAACUUGAAGAAUUAAUAAGAAUAUACUCAGAUUAUUUUGUGCAUUCCUGAAUAAAUGGUUUAAAAGAUUUAA